GGGGGGGGAUUCGUGACGGGAUGCGAGGGUCCGGCGGCCACUCCAGAGGAACAGCGCUCCAACAGCAGGAUAGCGCAGAAGGACCAAGUGAGCCAUGAGGAAACUGGAGAGAGAGGAGAACAUGCCCCUCAUCGCUUUCAUUGGACGGCAAAACGAGGACCACACACUGCUGUUACAGCGGGUUCCAGCUCGGCUGUGAGAAAAAGAAAGGGAGUGUAAAAGCCAGACAGGAGGCCAGUGAGUGCUGUAGCUCCUACUUCUUCUAAUGGACCAGUGGCCGGGGGAGCUAUGCCAGAGCUUGGGCCUUUUCCCCCCAUGGCGUCUGCUCCUUGCUGAAGCUCCCAGCUGAGUCCUGGAGAGCUGAAGGCAAGCGAGGAAGCCCCAUGCAGGCGCGCAAGAAGUAUGUGCUGCUGGGUCUGUGUACGUGCUGCUGGCUGUUGCUGUUCUACUGGGGUGGCCUACACGAGCGGCUCCUGGGCCUGGUGACACGCCGGAGGGCCGAAGUGCUGCGCCCAUGGCCUGACUGGCUGGACCGAACCCUUUUACCAGUGUAUGCCAGCCAUGCAGAGCUGCAAAAUGGAGCAGGGCCUGGUGAGUCACCCACGCUGCGACGCCAGGCCUGGACCAGCAUCUAUAAGGAUAGCCGGUGUCGAAUGGAAACAUGCUUUGACUUCAGUCGCUGUCGUGGACAUGAUGGCUUUCGUGUGUAUGUAUACCCACCUGAAAAGGGCGACCGUGUGUCAGAGAGCUAUCGUAAAAUCCUGGCCUCGGUGGCCGAGUCGAGGUAUUAUACAUCAGACCCACAUGAAGCCUGCCUGUUUGUGCUGGGCAUCGACACACUGGACCGCGACCAGCUGUCAACGCAGUUUGUCCCCAAUGUUGACGAACGAAUCCGUGGCUUCCCACUCUGGAAUGACGGACGCAACCAUGUGGUAUUCAAUCUCUACUCAGGCACAUGGCCGAACUACACAGAGGACCUGGGUUUUAACAUAGGCCAGGCCAUCUUGGCCAAAGCUAGCCUGAAUACAGAGCACUUCCGGCCUGGCUUUGAUAUCUCCAUUCCGUUAUUCUCGAAAGAGCAUCCUCAGAAGGGCGGUGAGCGUGGGUGGUUACUGCGCAACACUGUGCCGCCGAAGCGGAAAUAUUUACUCAUGUUCAAAGGGAAACGCUACCUAACGGGUAUUGGCUCUGACACGCGGAAUGCACUGCAUCAUAUCCAUAAUGGCAAAGACAUCAUAUCCUUAACAACCUGCCGCCACGGCAAGGACUGGGAAAAGCACAAGGAUGCUCGCUGUGACCACGACAACCAGGAAUACGAGAGGUUUGACUAUCAGGAGCUGCUCCAUAACUCCACCUUCUGCCUGGUUCCUCGUGGACGACGCUUGGGAUCCUUUCGUUUUCUUGAGUCUUUGCAGGCGGCCUGCAUCCCAGUGUUGCUCAGCAACGGUUGGGAGUUGCCCUUCUCUGAUGUCAUCCAGUGGAACCAGGCAGUUAUCGAGGGAGACGAGAGGUUGCUGCUUCAGGUGCCCUCUACAGUGCGGGCAGUGGGCAUUGACCGGGUACUGGCACUGAGACAACGUACCCAGAUGCUUUGGGAGGCCUACUUCUCCUCAGUGGACAAGAUAGUUCUCACCACUUUAGAGAUCAUCAAGGACAGAGUGUAUGCCCACAUCUCAAGGAAUAAGUUCAUGUGGAAUUCUCUGCCUGGAGGUCUUCUGGUGCUGCCUGAAUACUCGAUCCACCUGGCUCAUUACCCUUUCUACUAUCUGAACCUUGGAGUCAUGCCUGGCCAGGAAUUUACUGCUGUCAUCCAUGCCACAUCUCAGCUGGUUUCCCAGUCUCAACCAAUUAUGAAGCUCCUGCAGGUGGUGUCAAAGUCAAAAUACUGCUCACAGAUUAUCAUCGUGUGGAACAGUGAGAAGCCGCCCCCUCACCGGAGUAAGUGGCCGCCCAUGCCAGUGCCCCUUGUUGUCACAGAUGGCAGAAGGAAAACAAGUAGCCGUUUCCUGCCACAUGCUGCGAUUGAGACUGAAGCAGUGCUCAGCCUUGAUGAAGACUCUGUGCUACUGACGAGUGAGGUCAACUUUGCUUUCCAUGUGUGGCGGAGUUUCCCUGAGAGGAUUGUUGGAUAUCCACCCCGAAGUCACUUCUGGGAUCCAGUGAAGAAUAUCUGGGGUUACACCUCCAAAUGGACGAAUGAAUACUCAAUUGUGCUGACUGGAGCAGCUUUCUAUCACAGGUAUUAUCAUUACCUGUUCUCGCAUUAUCUGCCACCUUCUUUACGGGCAUUAGUGGACCGCAGCUCAAACUGUGAAGACAUCCUGAUGAAUUUCUUAGUGUCCUCUGUGACCCACCUGCCACCUAUUAAAGUGGCUCAGAGGAAGCAGUACAAAGAGAUGCCAAGUCCACAAAGCACCAACAUGGCCCCCUGGGCAAACCCUGAGCACUUUACCCAGAGACAAGACUGUAUAAACACCUUUGCAAGCUGGUUUGGCUACAUGCCCCUGGUGCACUCGCAGCUCCGUCUGGACCCUGUUCUUUUCAAGGACCACGUGUCUGUCCUGCGCAAGAAGUACAAGGAUCUUGAGCGUGCUUGAGCCACAUGGAGAGCAUAGACAUUGUCUUUCAGAGUUGCCUCAGUCCCUUUCAAAACGGAUAAACUCUGCAGAGUACAAGAGUUAACCUUGAGCGGUGUUAAACGAAGAAGGACCGUUUCCACCCUACUGAAUUAUGCCUGGAAUUUUUUGACUUGAUCUUCAGUUUUGACAAAUUUCAGUGGGAAUGGCCUCCAUGCUACGAGUUUGCACUGGCUGCCGUUUCAGUUGUGGUUUGACGUUAGCACCUAGCGAGAUGCUAAUAGUACCAUGGACUAACACGUUAUGUGCUUGUGGAGUCAGUCACAAAGCAACUUGACUCAAUACAUGAAGUUGUAUGUACAUGACCAAUAAAACAUUUCUGAAAUGCAA